GGAACUGGUGGGCAAAGUAAACUAGAUGGUCCACUAAGCCAAGCAAAUGCUGAGAAAAUCUUUAAAAAGAAAUUUCUGGAGAAAACAAAAAAUUCUUGGGAUAAACGUCAGCAAUUUGUGGCAGUGAAAGGAAAAUAUACUUUAGUUCUGAAGACUGAUUCUUCUCAAAGUAGCCAGGUCACUGAGAGCCAGGUAUACAGUGCGUAUUGCAAUAAUCUAUUAUGUCAAGUUCCAUAUAACCCUUAUCCAACACUGUUACACCACGCAAUUUUUGCUGUGACUGCGACGCACUUUCUGGCACUAGAAAGCCAUGUUAUAAUAAUACCAAGGGAGCUUCGGUAGCGAAGUGGUUAGCGCACUUUCCUUUCGCCUCUUGAGGCCCGAAUCUCAGUGAGAACUUUCUCAAUGCGACCCGAACCCAGUCCUCAUGCGAAAAGAGCAAAAAGUCAACGCUCUGCCGAAAGUCGUGGGACAGUUCUCCGGGUACUCCGGUUUUCUCCCACAGGGAAAGUUGAAAGGGCGGUUUAUAGGCAAAAGGGCUCAUUGCAAUUGGCAUAUAUGUUUAUAUGUCUUGCGUAACAUAAAUCAUUAACAUGAGCCAACCUCGUACCCAGAGCUAGCCGCGAAUUGAAGACGGCGGCAUAGCCCUGGUAAACGCUGGUCACGUGACUCCAACAUUACGUAAUUGUUACUUUUCUCAACCGGGGGGUGAAUGCUAGAGUUGAAACUCGAAGACAAACAGUUUUUAUCUCAGAAAUUCUUCAAUCUUCCCUGUGAAUUUUGCAUUUCAAGCUUUUCUCAAAGUACGGCGAUCGAUCAAAUGGAUCAAUACUUUCUGUAGAAAAAACUCAGUGAGAUGUGUUCCAAUGAGACGUUUAAAAGACUUGGAUAUGUCGCUCAAGACGCUCGAUCAUUUGCACAGGUUUAUGGUUUAGUACUUUGUUCAGUUUGUUGCAACUUGCGAAGCAAAUGAAUGCAAAUUCAACUCUUGUAUAAUGACUAAAAGGUAGUUUGUAGAGGGACAACUUAUACAAACGAUAUGAAUACUUGAGCUUCAAACUAGGGACAAGUUUACGGACAUCCCUAAUAUAUAUAUGGACAUUCAUUUGAUAUUUCACCAAUAUGUAAAUAUGAAGUCAUUAAAUAUAUAAAAGGAUUGUUGUUGUAUAUGUACAAGUAUUGUGCUGUGGUAUUUAUGUUUUUAACCCUUUAAGUGGCAAUGCACCGUACUUUGUUAGUUUACUCUGUCUAAUGGCAGACAAUUUUACUCAUCAGGUGGACAGUGCAUCAUGCCGCCACUCAAUGGGUUAGCAUAGUCGAUGAACAUGCCAAAUGAUCCUUGACCAUGGUAGUGCAUUUUUGCACUUGUUGGAUGAUAUCGCAACCAAGUGUUGUUUCAGAGGAAGAGCCUUGAGAUCAUGCUGUGUAGCAAUUGGAAUCUCGUAUAGAGCCUGCUCUCGUAUAAAGCAGGCAAGACCUUCACUCAGAAGGCAGGAUUAAUAUUAAUUCCCCACAUAAACACUUGAAAAUGCAGGACAAAAAACAUGCAGCCUGGACUUUAACUGUUAAACAACCAAAUCAGCAUGAUAAUCAAAUCUGUAAACAGUGUGAUAAUUUUUGCUUAGCCCAAACCAAAACCAGUUUUCUAGAAUUAAUUUGCAGAACCCUCCAACUUGAAGAGCUAGCUGUGCUAACCAAGUUGCAUGGGCAACCCUGAAUUGAAGUGGCUAGAGAAAAUCUUCAAAAAAUAAUAGAGAUCAGAUUUGACUAUUAACCAGAUAAGUGUCAUUUAUCCAAUCAAACAAUCGGAUGCAACUGCCAGAUCAAGUAGUGGAAGUCAAAUUUGAACCUUUCUAUAUGGAUUUCAGAGAGACCAGUCAUUAUUUGCUGAUAUAUUAUAACUUGUAUAAUCAAAAGCUACAGUGACUAUAUAUUCAUUUAUCAUAUUGAAAAUUGAUAUAUAAUUAUCUAAAGUGAGAAUAAUUUUUAAAAAAUAUUCACAACAUCAAAUGAUUCAUGCAUGCUGGUGAUUGAAUAAACCAUAAUAUGGAGUGUUCAUUCAGAAUCUCUACAAAUUCCUUGACAUUAUUUUUCCAGUACAGUGUACAACUAUACAGAUAUUAGGUUGCAUGUCCACCAGUGUGCUGAAAUACCAUCCAGUGACCCGGUCUUGUUCAUUGUUACUUGCAUCUUGCUUAAUUCAACUGUUUUUGCCCCAUUUCUUGUACCCAUAAAGUUCUUUUCAAUAAUCUAGAAAACUUCAAAAUCAUUCAGUAAAUUUAAUUUUAAAAUUUGGUGAAAGAGGUCAAUAGAUGAAGAAAUAAUUUCUUCUUGUUCAUACAUCUGGCCCCCAUCUCUGUCAGGUGUUAGAGUAGAAAUUUAUUGAAACCUUCAGAAAAUAAUUAUGGCAACAAGGUUACAUGUCACAAGGUUACAUGUUUUUUAAAGAUCUCAUGGGCACAAAAGGUAUAAAUGUAGGGGCAAGGGAACAAAAUAAUGAAAUUUUGAGAUUCAGGGGCAGGUUUUACGAUGGGGUGCUGAACCUUUUCCCUAAAAAAUCCUUGACUAUAGCAGGAGUUGUCAUGGAUAUUAAAAAUACUCAUUAACUCACUAACAAUAAAUAAUGCUGAAUAAAUGCCGAAACUGAUGUUUGAAAUAUCCUAGCAGGUUAGGUUGACAAGAUUUUAGCUUUGUCAACCUGGCCACUCUGUUAUUACAGUAAUGGCUCAUUUAAAUAAUUCCAGGUCAUUAAAUGUAAAUGUAAAUGUAAAAACAAAGUAUUUGAAGUUAAUGCUGCUGUAAACUGUAGUUUAAUAAUACUGUAUGUAAAUACGUUUCUCGCUGCGAUAAAUCAAUAUUUUAAAUAAUAAUCAUGUGAGAGUAGAACUUUACUGAGAGUCUGAGUAUAGUAUUUAUAAGCCAUAGUCUGGCCAUGUUUUCUCAAUAUUUAAACUACGAAUUCAGCUAACUAUAUUAACAUACUGUAUAAAAUAUAUUAAAUAGCCUUCGAAAUAUACAUUUCAUAGAGCUAGUCAGUGUAACAAAUAAUGGGAAUCUGCUAAAUAAUUUGUAACAAUGAAAUACUCCUAAACAUUUUCAAAUUCAUACUGUACCUUUUACUUGAUGGAAAUCAUCACAAAUUGGUAUGUACGAGGUUGGCUCCAAUAUUUUCCUUCGAAAUUCGAAACAUCGCCUCCUCGGCAAUUUAUAUGAUGCGAUAUGAAAGAAAAUUGAUGUACAUUCGACGUAUAUAUAAACGUAACAUAUUAAAAAGAAAGAUUACAACAAAAAAUAAAAGAAUAUAAAUAUUCUGCGGCAAUUCAAGUUCUAUUCGUGAACUUUUCGUCGCCCCCCUGUCUUUAUUUCCAUAAAGCACGCUCGCAGGCUAAUACUCCAAGAAUAUUUGCCUGACACGUGACCAGCGUUUACCAGGGCCUCGCCCGCUUUGGCGGCCAUAUUAAAAAAUCGGGCGGGCAGGCCCUGGGUACGCGGUUGAACAUGAGCCCGGCUUAACUCACCUUAAGAUUGAGCUUUACGAGAUUAAGUAUUACGAUAAGAUUGAGCUUUACGAUUAUCUUUAAGAUUAAAUGGUAAGUAGCUAAUUCAUGCUUUAAUGCACAAAUUAACCUAACUUCGAACAGCUAUAUACUGUAAACACGAUUUGAAGUUUGCUGUCUGCUGUAAAGUACGUUAAUCUUUAGGUCUGUAAUAACAUAUACCUUGUUUUGUCUUUAGGCUGUAGGGCAACCGCUAUUAAAACUGCCAUUUUUUUAUUUUCAAACGCCCUUGUAACUCAUGUAUACUGCAGUUACAACUAUGUAUAAGUUAUUUUGAGGCAACGGGGGGAUAUGUGAUUUAUUAGAGACCUUACGAUUUUAGAACGGCAAACGCGACGGCGACGGCCAAAACAAACUCCUUCAAAUAAAUGGUAUAGUCGAUAGUUUGUCGUAUAUUAGCAAUCGUAUGAAUUUAAUACAGUCUUAGAAGUUGAAAACAUGGAUUUUAUGGUUGGGAAGAGUUGUGCUAAACACCGUUUGAAGUUGCACUUGUUGUGGCUUGGAAUGCAGCCGUUGUAUCAACACUUGAAAAUCUGUGAUUUGGCGUUGUAAACAGAGCGAGGACAAUGUCUAAAUUAUUCAUUUAUUGUACUUACUCAAUUCUUCUCAAUGAUCUAUUGUAUUCAGUGGUAGCCGUUGCCGUCGCGGUUGCCGUCCUAAAAUCAUAAGGUCUCUAUUCACCGAGCCGCGCAGCGCCGAGGUGAAUAAACAGAUAUUCCCGAGGUGCGCCUCAAAAUAACGUACUUAUUUUUCACAAUGCGAGGUCGCGUUAAUGAGUCGGAAUAGAAAUAAUUCUUAAUGCCAUAUUGCCUUCGUUAUGUUGUUUUUUUUUCUCAUUUUUUGUGCUGCAAAGAUAUUGCAGGUGAAUAUUAGAGGGGAUUAUUAAAUGGAAAUUGAUUAGAGGAAUAUGCGAAUAUGUUUGUGUCGAAGGCCGAAGGGUCAAAAUUUGCUUAUAAUUAUUUUCUUAUGUUAAGCAAUAAGCAUGACAGUAACUUAAUAUCAAAUUAAUGCAUGAUAAAAUACCAUAUUUGGAUUACCUGGGAAAGAUCGAAGCACUCCAUUAGUGUACAAAACGUACAAAUUAUUGCCAUACUGAAUAGCACUUUGGAUUUUGCAGAAACCAGAUGCAUUUUUAUCAGAAGUACAACAACUACCAGUGGAAUUGCUCCGUUAUAUCUUAUUACAGCUUCCUGUGCGAGAUGUGUUACUAUACAUGCAAGUCUGCAAAUACUGGAAG